AGAAACAUGAACUCAAAGUCUCUCACUUGCUGUAUUGUGUUCUUACUAUACACUAGUAGUUUGUUUUCUUCUACUUCGGAAUCCUCUCUUAUCCACUUCAACUCCACAACAUCCGUCCUUAAUGUCACUUUACCACAUUCCUUGUCUCAAUCCCUUGAGAAUUUCGCCCUCAAGACGUUAACCACUCGACAUCAUACCGGUGCUCUAUACCGAGCUAUCUUACCCGAAAAUCUCUCCGGUAUCGAAGUCUACGUUGUACGUCUCACAGGAAAGAGCCUGUGGAACUCCGGGGCCAAGUUCAGCAACGUGCUUAUUCCGGCAAGGUCAGUUUCUGUUCCUCCUGCAAGGAGAGUCGCUAUUGUGUACCAAAAUCUAGGUAAUUGGUCUAACCAUUGGUAUACUGUACCUGGUUACCGGUUGAUUGCUUCUGUCUUAGGGUUUAAGGUCUUGGACGUUUCGGAUCAAGACAAUGUCAAAGAGUUAAGUUUAAGGAUCAAGAAUCCUGUAGAGGUUUCGUUUAGGGAUCUACCUAAAGACACAAAUGAGAAAAUGCUAUCUAAGGUACGAUGCGUGAGCUUCAAGGCACAGACCAAAGACGAGGAAGCGACUCAUAUAAGCCGAAUGGUUCUACCGGGCGUGUGUUACGGCUCGAGCCACGGGGAUUAUUCGGUGGUCGAGCCCUUAGAGAACAAUAAGAAGAAGGUUGAGUCGUGGUGGACUUGGUGGUGGUUGUGGAUCGUGGGAUUUGUUUUAGGAUUUGGCGUCUUACUGUUCCUAGGGCUAGUGUGUACAAUGGGGAUUAGGGUUUCAAGAACUAAGAAGAUUCAAGUGAUGAUGGAGAGACAUGCUGUUGAUGGUGAAGUGUUUGAGAGCAGAUGGGUUGGUGGAAGUAAAAUGCCAUCUGCAACUGUAACCAGAACCCAACCAGAGCCGGAAUCCGGUUUUGAAACCGGGUCUCUCGGAUAAAUGAUAAAGAGUCCUUUUACUUCAAACUGAUACUUACUCCUAAUA